AUGGUACAAACACAUCAACUGCCACAUAAUGUGGUCAGUUAUGUGGUCAAAAUAUUUAGAGUGUCCAAGAAUGUCAAUGAGGUGUUAGUUGGAUUGGCCAAAGUCUUUGGUGUGCUCCCAAAUGAUUAUAGGUUCAAGCCACCAUUGUACGAAACCUUGCUCAUCAAAGAUAUAAUCGAUGUGAUAUGGAAAAGAUUACGUCCUACAUCGUUUACUUAUGUGGAGAACUCAGUUGGAUUAGACUCAAGUAUGAACUCAAUUGAUUUAUUGUUAGGUGCAGGAGUCGAUGAUGUUCGCUUUAUAGGGAUAUGGGGUAUGGGUGGGAUUGGUAAAACAACUAUUGCCAGAGUUGUUCGCGAGAGAAUCUCUCCUGAAUUUGAAUUCAGCAUAUUUCUUGAGAAUGUCAAAGAUAAUUUUCAAAAAGGUGGUUUAAUAUCCCAACAAAGAGAAAUUCUUUCAAGGAUAUCGAUGAAAACGAUUGACAUAUUUGAUGUUCAUGAAGGAUCCACAAUGAUUAGAAGAUUACUUCAUCACAAAAAGGUUCUUCUCAUUCUCGAUGAUGUGACCGACUCAGAUCAUUUAGAUUAUUUGGCUGGAAAGCAAGAGUGGUUUGGUUCUGGGAGUAGAGUUCUUAUUACAACUAGAAAUGAGCAUUUGUUAAUUGAACAUGGAGUGAAGAGAAGAUUUCAUGUCAAACCUCUAAAUCAUGAUGACGCUCUUAAGCUUUUUAGUUGGAAAGCCUUUGGAAAAGACCACCCUGAAAAAAACUAUAUUGAAUUGUCUAGCUGUGUUGUGAGUUAUGCCGAUGGUCUUCCAUUAGCUCUUAAAGUUUUGGGGAGUUUUUUGCGUGAAAGACAUGUAAGUGCUUGGAACAGUGCGUUGGGUAACCUAAGAGGUAUUUGUAACAUAGUUUUGGGGACACUUCAAAUAAGUUAUGAUGAUCUAGAUGACAAGGAGAAGAAAAUUUUCCUAGACAUUGCGUGUUUCUUUAACGAGGAGAAAGAAGAUCGAGUUAUAGAAAUCCUAGACAGUUGCGGCUUUUGUGCAGGUAUAGGAAUAGAUGUCCUCAUUGAGAAAUCUCUGUUAACUAAUUCAUAUGGCACUCUAUGGAUGCAUCAGUUGGUCCAAGAGAUGGGAUGUGAAAUUGUCAAUCGAGAGUGUCUUGAUGAGCCAGGAAAUCGCAGCAGGUUGUGGCGCCAUGAAGAGACCAAGCAUGUCUUGAGCAAAAAUACAGGAACAGACGCAGUAGAAAGUAUAACCAUGGACAAAACUGGGCCAGUGGUGCACGCGAAUGCUAAAUGCUUUUCAAGGAUGAAGAAACUGAGACUUCUCAAUCUUGCUAAUGUGAACCUCUCUAAUGAUCUUGAAUAUCUCUCCGAUAAUUUACGAAGUCUUGAAUGGGCUGGGUAUCCUUCAAAAUAUUUCCCCUCACAUUUCAAUCCAGAGAACCUACUAGAACUUAACAUGUGCCAUAGUCACAUUGAAUCUUUUUGGACGGGUGUUAAGCUUUUAUACAAUUUGAAAAUCAUUAAGCUCAGCCGCUCUUUGAAUCUUGUCAACACCCCAGACUUUAGAGGCUUUCCAAAUCUUGAGUAUCUGAUUCUGGAAGGUUGUAUACGAUUGUAUAAGGUUGACCCAUCCCUUGGAAUGCUUGAAAGAAUUACUCAGAUGAAGGAUUGCAAAAGUCUAGUGCAUCUACCAAAAAGUGUGUAUGGCUUAAAAUUUGUCAAAGUUCUUAAUCUUUCUGGCUGCUCGAAGCUCAACAAGUUGCCCAACGAUUUGGGCAAUGCAGAGUGUUUGGAGGAGCUUGAUGUGAGUGGAACUGCCAUAAGAGAACUGCCUCUCUUCAUUUUUCGGUUGAAAAGCCUCAAAGCAUUAAGGUUUAGUGGAUUCCCUAAUGACCUUAGCUGCUUGUCCUCAUUAACUGACCUAGAUCUCAGUGGAAACCAGUUUGUUAGCCUACCCAACGGCAUCUCUCUACUUUCUAGACUUCAAUUUCUGAACUUGGAGUAUUGCGAGAGGCUUCAAGAAUUGCCAGAGGUUCCACAAAGAAUAGUAGCAAUCGUUGAUAACUGUAUUUCAUUAGAAAGAAUUGCCAGAGGUUCCACAGGGAAGUGCGAGUUGCUGUUACGUACACAAUGUAUCAACUGCUUCAAAUUUGCGGAGACACACGAUUUUAGGAGUUUGGAAGUCCCUAUUACUCAAGACGUAUUUCAAUUUGUUGUUCCUGGAAAUGGAAUUCCCAAGUGGUUCAAUCAUAAAUCUGCUGAAUAUAUAUACAAUGAAGAAGAGUGGUUCAAUCCUCAAAGUGUGGAGUAUCCUUUAAGUGUAGCGCUACGUCCAGGUUGGUUUACUGAAAACUGGAUGGGAUUCGCAGUGUGCAUCGCUUUUGCAAUCCAGGAACGAUCACCUAAUUGCGACCAUGCUCUUAAGUAUCCUAGUUUUGAUUACAAUUAUACACAUAUUAUUACUUGCAAAGUGGACAUCAAUGGAAAGGAGUUGUGGAAGGGUAUCAGCAAUCAGGUUGAAUUGCCUUCUGGCACAGAGUGGUGGCAAGGUAAAUUUGGUCAGAUUACAUUUUCAAUUACAGCCAGAGUUGGCCAUGGAGUAAUAGUGAAGCAGUGUGCGGCUCGUCUGGUGUACGAGGGAGACUUGGAAGAGCUUGACCCAAGAUUUAGCCUCCGGACCCGGAGCAAUGUCAGCAUUUCUGAGGUGAAUUCAGAAUUCCCCUCUUACACAAACAAGUAG